AUGGAGCGUCUCAUCCGCCCGGUUGCCCGCCAAUUGCUGCGUCCUCGUCUUCGCUAUCCCUACUCCAUUCCUCCCCCGCCUAUUGCGAAGAGACUCUACACCAUGGGACACAACAAGCCCGACCUUAAGGAUAAGUCACUCUUCAUUGAGAAGUGCUAUAUCAAUGGCGAAUGGGUAGGUGCUCAGUCGGGCGAGACUUUCGAGGUCCACGACCCCGCCACUGGCAAGCUGAUUGGAACAUGCCCCGAACUCGAUGCGUCCGACGUCGAAAAGGCCAUCCAAGCGGCCUCCGCUGCGUUCCCCGAAUUCCGCACAACCCUCGCCCGCGAGCGCGCGCGCAUGUUGCGUCGGUGGUACCAGCUCAUGAUGGACAACGCGGAGGACCUGGCCAAGCUGAUUACCUGGGAGAACGGCAAGCCGUUCGCCGACGCCAAGGGCGAAGUGAACUACGCCGCCAGCUUCUUCGAGUGGUUCAGCGAGGAAGCUCCCCGCGUCUACGGCGACACCAUCCCGGCUACUGUUCCCGGUAACCGGGUGAUGACCCUGAAGCAGCCUGUCGGUGUCUGUGGUCUGAUCACACCCUGGAACUUCCCGGCCGCUAUGAUCACCCGUAAGAUUGGACCUGCCCUCGCUGCGGGCUGCACUGUUGUCGCUAAGUCUCCCGGCGAGACCCCCUUCACUGCCAACGCUCUCGCUGAGCUGGCUCACCGCGCUGGUAUCCCUAAGGGUGUCGUGAACAUUGUGACUGCCUCGAAGAACACCCCUGCUGUGGGCGAGGCGAUCACCACCCACCCGGAGGUGCGCAAGGUUUCCUUCACCGGUUCGACCAAUGUCGGCCGGCUGCUGAUGAAGCAGGCUUCGUCGACCAUCAAGAAGGUCUCCUGGGAGCUGGGUGGUAACGCGCCGUUCAUCGUCUUUGAUGAUGUGGAGGAUCUCGACGCCGCGGUCAACGGCGCCAUUGCCUCCAAGUUCCGUAGCUCGGGCCAGACUUGCGUCUGCGCUAACCGCAUCUACAUCCAGAAGGGCGUGUACGAUGAGUUCUCCAAGCGCUUCGCUGCCAAGGUUAAAGACUUUAAGCUCGGAGGCGGCUUCGAGGAGGGCAUCACCCACGGCCCUGUGAUCCACGAGCGUGCCGCUGAGAAGGUGCACGAGCACGUCCAGGAUGCCACUUCCAAGGGUGCCAAGGUUCUUAUUGGUGGACAGAAGGCUUCUGCGCUGGGUCCUAACUUCUACGAGCCCACUGUUCUGUCUGGCAUGAGCAAGGAAAUGCUCAUCGCUUCCGAGGAGACUUUUGGCCCCGUUGCUGGCCUCUUCCCUUUCGAGACUGAGAAGGAGGUUGUGGAUCUGGCUAACAAGGCCGAGGUUGGUCUGGCUGGUUACUUCUUCAGUGGUAAUGUUCGCCGUAUCUUCCGCGUUGCGGAGGCCCUUGAGGUUGGUAUGGUUGGUGUCAACACUGGUCUGAUCAGUGACGUUGCUUCUCCGUUUGGCGGUGUCAAGCAGAGCGGCUUCGGCCGUGAGGGCAGCAAGUACGGUAUUGACGAGUUCAUGGUUAUCAAGAGUGUCACCUUUGGCGCUAGCGUCUCGCGCGGCGUGUCAUCGAAGCUGCGAAAGCCGGCCGUCAGUCUCGACCAUUUCAUCCAAAGACAACGGGUCCUCGCGUUUUGGCGUGAAAUUUCGCGUGCGUUGCGUAAAAUUCCCCCCUCUGCGACGCGCGACGAAUUACGUGGCUAUGCUCGUCAGGAAUUUGAGAGACAUCGGGAUGUUACUGAUCUGGGACAUAUUCGCUACCUUCUCUCAACCGGCAAAGCCGAGUUCGAGACUAUGAGGCGGUACAUCGAUGAACAGGUUGUCGGCUGA